AUGGACAAAUCACUUGAAAGACGAACAUCACUCGCAUCUAUAACAUCGUCAAUCCAAACACCAUAUGUCAUUCCAGAGCUUGUAGAAGCCGAUUUGGAUCAAUUAUAUUUUGAGAGAGUCCAUCCACUCAUUCCUGUACUGCAACGAACCCGAUACUUCACAUGGGCCAAGGGACCAUCAAAAUCCGACUCACGAAUUGCCUUACAAUAUGCCAUGUGGACACUUACAGCUUCACUAUCAACCCACUGCCAAAGCAUUCGCGACUCUCUAUAUACUCACACCAAAAGAACACUUAAGAACAAGCUCAAGCAUGGCUCUUACUAG